AUGGCUAAUCAAACCCCAUGCUUUUUCUUCGCUCCCACAUGGGACUACCCGCCGCCGCCCACCGGGCCCAUUCAACUGGGAAAUGUGAUCACUUCGCUACAGAAACCCGAGCAACCCCUCUUCACUGCACCCUUGCCCACCGAAUCCGAGAUUUUUUCCACCGAUAAAAAAAAUGUCACCUUCUCACGCGAGAAAACACGAGAGGGAAAAUUCGGGAUCCUGACUCAGUUCCUCUCUUUCUUGGGGUUGGGGAUUGAUCUUGAGGGAGGGUGGGAAAGAAGUCACGAGGAGACCUUGAGCUUCGAGAGCAUCACCACCACGCAGUUCGUGCCCCGGCCCGUCUACAUACAGGAGAAAAUCGUCGAUGCGUCUCCGGCAGUGCGCCGGUGGCUGGACCGAUCGCGAUACAGAAAACCUUUGUACGUGAUCGUGGGGUUGAAAAUUGUUCACGGGGCGAAGAAGGGCCGGUCGCAAGUCGGGCGUGAGGUCAACGGCAACCUUGAAGCCACUGUGGAUGGGACGGUGUGGAGUGGUGGCAUGGUUCCUGUGUCGGGAGGGCCGAAGGUGGAUCUCAAACAAUCCAAAAAGUCUGGUGUUGAUUGGGAAGAUGGUGGGGAUUUUGUUCUAGCAUUCCGGGUCAAGAAAGUCAAAGUGGCGCGGAAGACGAACGAGGUGCGCGAAGCAGCGGACUAUAGGAAGGGCGCUAUGCUCGGAAACGAACCUGUGGUGCUGGAAGAGCCCCAAGCGAUUGUAGUUCUUGAGGAUGAAGAGCUCGUAGUCGUGGGUGGUAGUGAUGGCGGGUGGACAGAGUUGCAAGUGACGGAAGGGGACGACCUGAUUACGAUCGGUGUCCCUCCGUCAGACAGUGCAGCAUAG